AUGCGCGAAAUUGCCAGCUCUUUGCGCCUCUGCGCGCGUCGUCCUGCGAUGCUCGGGUCGCGUCUGGCCAUACCAGUCAAGGGCCCAUCCUUAGCGACCAGCCUCCAAAAGCAAUGGACAAGCAGCCAGCGUUGCAGUAAAAAGGACGCCCCGAAAACACCUGCUCCCAUGCCUAUUAGUUCAACUGAGUUUUGGAGCUCGAGAGCAGUAUGGAAGAGAGCGUCUAUCAAUACCACGCGAUGUCUCAUCGGUUGCACAGUUGGCGACUUUUCCGCCAUGUGGCUUCUUCAAGCCUACUACCCAGAACUGAGCAUGGGAAUCGUCAUGCCGAUUUCCAUGGCAUCUGGUAUCUCAACAUCUAUCCUUCUCGAGACAGUGAUGCUACGCGUCGGUCGUGAUAGUCUGACAUGGCUCACCGCUAUGAAAACAGCAAUUGGCAUGAGUUUCAUCUCCAUGUUAACUAUGGAAGCGGCAGAAAAUGCAGUGGAUUAUUAUCUGACAGGUGGAAAGGUUGCGCUUGAUGACCCUUCUUUCUGGAUCGCAGCUUUGAUCUCUAUCGCUGCCGGAUUCCUGGCCCCAUUGCCCUAUAAUUACGCGAGGUUAAGGAAGUACGGAAAGGCUUGUCACUGA